AUGCAGAUUACACCCAAGAUGUCAUCGUCGCCAAAUCUCCUGACAUCGACUGAACCCGUUACGUCGCCAACGACUGAAAUACCGGCUCCAUCCGUGACGCUGACGACAACCGAGAGGUUCGCUCCUGCCGAAGCAGAGACUGCAAUUUUAACACCGGCUCCGCUUGAAACGUUCAUCCAAUACCUGAAACAGUACUGCUGGCCAGCCGAGCAUCUGAAAAUACUAACGACACCCAAAUUGUCAUCGUCGCCAAAUCUCCUGACAUCGACUGAACCCGUUACGUCGCCUACGAUUGAAAUACCGGCUCCAUCCGUGACGCUGACGACAACCGAGAGGUCCGCCAAAGACAAAGCGCCGACCACAGCUGCAGUACCACUAGCGUCUGAAAUGCAGAUUACACCCAAGAUGUCAUCGUCGCCAAAUCUCCUGACAUCGACUGAACCCGUUACGUCGCCUACGACUGAAAUACCGGCUCCAUCCGUGACGCUGACGACAACCGAAGACAAAAGCGCCCGACCACAGCUGCAGUACCACUAG